ACACUCCAUCGUACUGAUGGCCGUAGCUGAUGCCAGCUACAAGUUCCUGUAUGUUGACAUCGGAGCUUAUGGCUCUCAGUCCGAUGGAGGCAUAUUCAAGGCGUGCACAUUGGGCAGGGACCUUGAAGCUGGUGGCCUGGGACUCCCACCGCCAAGGAGGCUUCCUGGAUCAUCCCUGGAAGCCCCCUAUGUGUUUGUGGGGGACGAGGCCUUCCAGCUACGUCCAGACUUCAUGAGACCAUUCCCUGGCACAGACUUGGACGACACCAAGAGAGUGUACAACACCAGGCUCUCACAUGCCAGACGGUGUGUAGAAAAUGCCUUCGGGAUCCUUGCGUCCCGAUGGCGCAUAUUCAGAAGACCUCUGAAUGUCAAGGUGGAGAACGUCGAGCUCUUGGUCCAGGCUUCCAUCGUCCUCCACAAUUUCCUUAGAGCGCAGGAAGAGGCAGCUCCGGGAGGGGAGACAUAUUGUCCACCGGGCUUUGCAGAUCGACGCUGCAAUGCUGGUGGAGCGGAGGACGGUGAGUGGAGACAAAUGCUCGCCAGAAAUCCAGCUUGUGCACUGGGGGACCUCACGGCUACUCUCGCAAGGCGUUUCUCCCGUGAGGCAGCGAACGUAAGGAGCGUCUUUGCAGAGUUCUUUUCAAGUGAGGCAGGUGCAGAGGAGUGGCAGUGGGAGAAGGCUGGUGCUCGGAGACCACACAAGGACGUCUAGAAAGUCUCCGGCUCCAUGUAGGACUGCACUAACCGUAGCACUGCAAUCUCGCAUUCAAGCUGUCUGUGGGCAGGUACUUUCGCUACCCAACUUGACACAAGCUCGCCAAAG